CCGCCCCCGCCUCCGCGCGCCAUUGCCCGCGCCCUGCUGCCGCGCGUCCCCUCGCGUCCUGGCCAUGGAGGGCCUGGUGCUGCGCCCAGCAAAGGGCUAUCGGGUGGUGCUGCUUGGCAGCGUGGCAGUGGGCAAGACCGCGCUGGCCACGCAGUUUGCGUGCGGCCGCUUCCCGGAGCGCUGCGAGCCGUCGGUGGAGGAGCUGUUUAGCAAGGUGAUCGAGGUGAACGCGGCGCCAGCGCUGCUGGAGAUCGUGGACACCGUGGGCGCCGACCACCUGGUCACCCUCAAGGACCUGUACAUCAGGAACAGCGACGGCUUCGUGGUGCUCUACAGCGUGUGCAGCGAGGCCUCCUUCGAGGCCGUGCGGCCGCUGCGAGAGCGCAUGGGCCGCCUGAGGGGGUCCAGGGCCGUGCCGCUGGUGCUGGUGGGCACCAAGGCCGACCUGGACGCCGAGCGCCAGGUGCUGACCGCGCAGGGCCGCGCGCUGGCCCGCGAGUGGCGCUGCCCGUUCUUGGAGGUCACGGCCAAGAGCAAGCUGAUGGUGGACCGCGUGUUCACGCAGGUGGUGCGCGAGAUGGAGGCCCUGGCCCCGCCAGAGGAGGAGGCGCCCCGCGUCCCCGCCAACGCCCAGGAUACGUGGCCGUCCGAGAGGUUCAUCGGCUAGUACGC